CAAAAUUAAAGUGCUCCAAAGUCACGCAUCAUCUUUGUCUGUCUGUUUUCUUUCAAACUAUCUUAAUCUGACAAACAGAUCAAAACAGGACGGCACGCCUACGGGAAAAAGAAAUCCCAGCAAGCAGUUGCUACUCUGCACUGAAUACCACCGAAGAGUCAAGCGCGUUUCCUGACGGCACACAUUGUAAUAUUUCUCAUACAAUUUUCUAUUAUUGAGAUAGACGUUACCACAAGUGAACGAUUGAACAUAAAUAAUCCUCGGUUACUUCGGAAACUUUUUUCAGUAUAUAUUCCUAUAACCAUAAGGUGAUUUACGUGUUUUCCAAACAGAUUGCCAUGGGUGUUCGGAUCCUUGUUGCCCUAUCCUUCUUUUGUUUUUCAGAAUCCACGGUUUUGGUAAAAAUUGGGGAAUCAGUAACAUUGAGCUGCAAUGUAACUGUUUUAAGUGAUCAUCUGUCAAUGUACUGGGAAUUUUCCAGCAAAAAUGCAUCAAGCAAAUUAACAGAGAGCCCACCAAGCAACAUCACAGAUGAGUAUUUUAAUCUGACUCUGUCUUCAGUAAAGUUUUCUGAUGAAGGAACAUAUGCAUGCUAUGCACAGAAAGCAAAUGGCAGUGCUGAAUGUCUUGCAAAGCACGAUGUCCGUGUGUCAGGUUUUGCUGAAGUUGCCCAAAAGAAGUUUGGAGACUCCCUGUAUAUCUCACUGUAUAAUCACACACAUUUGAAAAUUCAACACAGCCCUACAGGUUACAUGAAUGCAGUAGAUGUGUGCACUCUAAAGGAGACAGCCCUUAAAUGUGCAUCAAAGUUUAAAAACCGUGUCACAGCAGAAGGCGACUGUUUGACGUUACAGAAAGUCACACCAGCAGACAUGGGCCAGUUUAUAGUGUCAGAUCUCAGUGGAAACAACAUCAGUAUUGUGGUUCUUACAGUUGAAGCCAGCAAACGAGAGCAUGUUGAGCCAGCUGGAAGCCACGUGACAAUUCCUGUGCCUAGUGAAGGGCCCGCUGUCCUGCAGUUCCACCCCACAGUAUACAGGGAACCUUUUGAAUUGUGUUGGAUGCAAGCUGGCAAAGGACACUGUCUUCCAGAUUACUCAAUUUCAGUCAUGGAGGAAAAAUUGAAAAUUCAUAGUCUGUCACCCCAGAACCAUGGAAGAUAUGUAGUGGUCCUGAAAGAGAGGAAUAUUACCUUCAGUGAUAUCUCAGUGACUGUGAAGGGCCAUAAAGAAUCCAUCGCUCUGGAGCCAAGGGCAACUCUGUUAAUUAAUUUCUACACCCACACUCCUGUUGUCGUGCUCUUCAAACCUUCGAGUGAUCCGCAGUGGAGCAGAACUAUAUUAAACGACACGGACGUCAAUCUGGAAAAUGUGAAACUGUGCCGGGGCUACCUCAUACUGAAAGGAGUCUCGCUUUCUCAUCAGGGUACUUACUCAGUCAAGGAUUUAAGUGGGGAGCACCUUUAUAACACGGUUGACGUCACUGUGAGUGAAUCAAUUUAUAGCUCAGCUGAGUUCAGGAUGCCAUACGUUGAAAAGAUAAUAGGAGGAAUGGAAUCAAUGAAAAAACGGAUCAUCCACACAAAACCAAAAAAGAAUCCAGAGUAA